GUCUGCGUACAGCUGCACACAGAGCCGGGGGUGGAGGGAGGGAUGGGGACGGAGGCAGACUCCCUGACGCCAGUCUCGAAACUCUCCCAUCCCCUGGAAAAGAGCCGCGAUUGUGCUGCGCUCUUUCCGACUGCAGGGCACCUGAUCCCCGCCGCAGCCACAGCACCGCGGAGUGGCCAGCCACUGUGCAUUGUGCAAGACAAGCCCAUUUCAUUAUUUAUUAGAAGCUCAUUUAUUUUAGUGGACCGGGACGCUGGUAUUUUCGGGAUGGUGUUUAGCUGUUCUCCUGCCGGUUUCUGCACACAUCGUGUACCCCAUAAUCAGCAGCAUGUCUCCCAUCUCCCGGUUCCUAGCGGUCCGCAUGUACUGAACCAGAAGGCACCGGCGAUUCGACCAUGGCUGCGCUAUCGCCAGCGAUAACUGGGCAAUGUAACCCAGUACGAUCGGAGAGAAAUCUUCCUCCUUAUCAUAUCUGAAGGCAGAGACCAAACAAAAGAAGCCGUACAUUUGGUCGUGCGUUCCCACUUUUUAUUACGCUCAAGUGUGAGACAAAUCCUGCGUUAUUAGUCGAUAUGAUUGCAUGAAUCCCGCUUUCGCACUGAAUAUAACAGCCAGCUGUAAAACAAUCACCAGCAGAGUAAAAAGAGAGCGAAGCAAAUGCUGGCGUCCACAUCUGUGCGCCCCUGAAUUGGGGGGAGAGGGUUGAUUGACAGGAGCGACCCUUACUGCGUUUAAUGUCCACCGGGGCGGGCUCAGUGUCCGGAGUGACGGGCCCGGCGGGGCGGAGGUCCUGGCUGGUCAAUGCGGGCCGCUUGCCAAAGGGACGCGCUGGAACGGCUGAAUGGAUGACGUCGGGAGCCUGGCGCCAGGCUGUCUGGGACUGGCGCGUUAGAUCAACACAGCUGGGAAGGAAUAGGACGCACAGCUGGCGGUGGGGCGCAUUCCUCCACAAAAACAGGAUUGUGAGAAAGGGGAAAAUAAGACCAAAUAGGAACAGAGGGGCGCGCUUUGAUGUUGACUAAAAAUGCAUGUCAUAAACUCAGCAAUGAGUAAUUUCCAAAUCUGAAAAUAGCAUAUCGGGUAGCCCACUCUCAACUUUUCUUGAUAUUCUGGUUUAAUUUUAAUUGUUAUUUUCAAGGUGCAAGAUAGAAAUGGUUGCAGUAUCAACGACCUGCAUAACAGUGGAUCGGGGCAAAGUCACGGGUUCCUGGCCCGCCGGACACGCCACGCGACUGCAGAUGUUGACUAGAAACGGGCGAAAGAGCUUAUUGUGUAACGCGGAGAUAGUCACUGCUGCCUGGAAAUCGAUGCAAAAGUUUUCCCAGCCGCCACAGUGUAUGCGUUCCCCCAAGAUAAACUGAGAAAAUCUAGCAGCAUAUAAAAAUCAAAGCGCACGAUCCUGCGUUUAAGCUGUUUGUCAUUUUAUUAUGGAAAAAAGUUACCGUUGUUAUCGCCCCGACAGUGUACCUGGAAAAGCCAUUUGCGAGGGAGGAAUUUAGAAAUUACACCCCGAGGGAAUGUCAGUGUAAACGAUAGCAGUUAACGGCUUCAAACUGCAAGUAAAGGUAUGACUAUACGUGUCUCCAUGACAUUAUCAAAACGAAUACAAAAUUAAUUGACCGAGUCAAAUUUACCCAGUUUACCAGAAAAUGGUCUGGUUGGCUUGGAGCACAAUUACUAUUUUUGUACAGUGCUUAGUGGUUGACAACAGUGGGGGUCAAUUAUUUUUGACGUCAGGGUGUCUACUGGUCAAAAGAGAAAGAGGCUGGUGAACUGGGUGUCGUAUUUUGCUUAAAUUACAUGCUUCUGUAAAACAAAAUUACCGUUCGUCAGUCUCUACAAAGCAUGGAUCAUAAGCACGUUUUAAUUUUUAAUUAAUGAACUGAAUAACACACAAACAAAAAUGUAUCCUCCAAUUAUUCUCUCUUGCAAUUUUCCUGCUCGAAAUUAUGUUACUUAAACUCCCCACCGAGUAGAAGACUUUCUCUGGUAUUACUUCCUCAUUCUUUGAAUUACGCCUGUGAUUGACAUCUAAUUACAACCAAUCAUAGAGAAGCGUUUUCAGCGACUCGACGCUGUCCUUGUGAGAUUGCCCCUCUAUUGGCUGGUUGGUGCAUGAGGGUUUGUUUAUUAGCAGGAGGGGGCGGGGAAACGUGCUUAAAUAUAACACCUCGGCAUCAUUUCGGCUGUUCAGUCUUCUAAAUGUAACUGUGGUGCGGAAGGAUAGAUAAUAGACUAUAUACAGGCAGAGCGAUUCUAUUAUUAGACAGACAUCACACAUUUGUAGCUUUCACUUUCACCAAAGUUUCAAACCGCUUGACCCACGUAGCAGCCGCGCUCCUAGUUUCCGGAAUAAAGAUGAAGGCUGUCAGUCCGAUGCGGUCCGUCCGGAGCUGCUACGAGGCGGUGUGCUGCAUCUCCGAUCAGAGCUUGGGCAUCUCCCGGACCAAGGCUGCCGUGGAGGAGCCUUUAGGCGCGCUGUGCGACAUGAACGACUGCUACUCGAAGCUGAAGGCGCUGGUACCCAGCAUCCCGCAGAACAGGAGCGUCAGCCAGGUGGAGAUCCUGCAGCAUGUCAUCGACUACAUCUUCGACCUGCAGAUCGCCCUGGAGGGCGAGGCGGCCGUCAGCCCGACGCCCGGCGUGCUGCUGUCACUCAAGGCUUCGGACAUAACGUGCAGUUUUGCUAAAGAAGACGGUGGAUUGUGCCACUAGCAGGUGGCUGACACGGUGCGGGAAACACAUGGGCCCACUUCACUUUGGGCAAGAACGGGAAGGAGGGGUGGGGUAGUUAUUUUCAAGGACUUGGGGGGGUGGUGGGGAAAGUGGGAUGUCAUGACAGAAGAUUAACCUCAGGUCCUCGACGCUCAUUCAUUUCCAGGCUGCGAGAGGCUUAAACACACCAAAGUACAAAGACAUGAGGACAGUGUCUCCAUUGUUACAGUCUGUUCAUUCAACUUUCCUUGAAUUUGAACCCAAAUGAUUUGGACAUAUUAUAUCACAAUCUCUCCGUACUCUUCCUUUCGCUCCCCUUUUCCAUUACGGUGGGUUUCCUAAAGCUCUUGAGAAAUGUUUGGGAUGUAUCUAGCUAACAGUGGGUUUUGUACAGACUUGGGGGUGGGGGGAGUAGAACUCUAUAAUAGAGUCAAUUUGUGAAUGUUUGUAGGGAUUGUGGAUUUCUACAAACAACGUUACUGAGUUUUAUAAACUUUUAUAAAAACGUGUUUUUAUAUGUACCUUUUCUACAUGCUGAAAUAAACUGAUUAUGUACA